CUCAGCUGGCCCUUAACUAGUUUUUGACAACAGCGACUCUGUCGACAAUGUUCAUAUUGUGACUGUUGGCCCCAAAACUGACGUAACUUACCACUAGUCCGUUACCUUUUUAUUCUCUGAAGCUGUACAUCAUGGAGCCGUCUGCGCCCAAAAGCAAGCUGAAAAAGCUGAGUGAAGACAGUCUGACUAAACAGCCAGAGGAAGUGUUUGAUGUUCUAGAGAAACUUGGUGAAGGUUCCUAUGGCAGCGUGUUCAAAGCCAUCCAUAAAGAGUCAGGCCAGGUGGUGGCCAUAAAGCAGGUUCCUGUGGAAUCUGACCUGCAGGAGAUCAUCAAGGAGAUUUCCAUCAUGCAACAGUGUGACAGCCCUUAUGUAGUGAAGUACUAUGGCAGCUACUUCAAGAACACAGACCUGUGGAUUGUCAUGGAGUACUGUGGAGCCGGGUCGGUCUCUGACAUCAUCAGACUGCGCAACAAGACGCUGACGGAGGAUGAGAUUGCUACCAUCCUGAAGUCCACACUGAAGGGUCUUGAAUAUCUCCACUUCAUGAGAAAGAUCCAUCGGGACAUCAAGGCAGGAAACAUCCUUCUCAACACUGAGGGACAUGCCAAACUGGCAGAUUUCGGAGUAGCUGGGCAACUUACGGAUACUAUGGCAAAGAGAAACACUGUGAUCGGUACUCCAUUCUGGAUGGCCCCAGAGGUGAUCCAGGAGAUCGGCUACAACUGUGUGGCUGACAUCUGGUCUUUGGGCAUCACUUCUAUAGAGAUGGCAGAAGGAAAACCUCCCUAUGCUGAUAUCCAUCCCAUGAGGGCUAUCUUCAUGAUCCCCACCAACCCUCCCCCAACAUUCAGAAAGCCUGAACUUUGGUCAGACGAAUUCACAGACUUUGUCAAAAAGUGUCUGGUCAAGAAUCCAGAGCAGAGAGCGACCGCCACCCAGCUUCUACAGCACCCAUUCAUCAGCCAGGCCAAGCCGGUUACAAUUUUGAGAGACCUGAUAACUGAGGCCAUGGAGAUGAAAGCCAAAAGGCAGCAGGAGCAGCAGAGAGAGCUGGAGGAGGAGGACGACAACUCUGAGGAGGAGACUGAGGUGGACUCUCACACGAUGGUGAAGUCGGGCUCAGAGGGUGCAGGGACCAUGCGGGCCACCAGCACCAUGAGCGACGGAGCGCAGACCAUGAUCGAACACAGCAGCACCAUGCUGGAGUCAGACCUGGGCACUAUGGUCAUCAACAGUGAUGAUGAGGAGGAGGAGGAAGACCAUGGAUCUAUGAGGAGGCACGCCACCCCCCAGCAGCCGAUACGUCCAUCCUUCAUGGACUAUUUUGACAAGCAGGACUCCAAUAAGGCAUCCCAGCAGCAGGAGAACUACAACCACAACCAGCCGCAGGAGCAGCCUGGCUACCACAUCCAGUCCAAGAACGCCUUCCCUGACAACUGGAAGGUGCCUCAGGACGGAGACUUUGACUUUUUGAAGAACCUAGACUUUGAGGAGUUACAGAUGCGACUGAGUGCGUUGGAUCCCAUGAUGGAGCGGGAGAUCGAGGAGCUCAGGCAGCGUUACACUGCCAAGAGGCAGCCCAUCCUGGAUGCAAUGGAUGCGAAGAAGAGACGACAGCAGAACUUCUAAGGGAUCCUUUCUGUCGCCUUUCUGGGUUUCUCAAAGCCACUACUACCACAAAACUUAGGUCCUACUGACUCAGAGGAACUAGGAUAACGUUAUUGUGUUUGUUGGAAACCAACUGCUGUUCUGACUGAGUGCUAACUUGCCUCUGACUGAAGAGAGGUGCCUGUUUUCCUGGGUGACAUCCAUUUUGGCUCUUGGAAUCCACACUGACAAGCCUUUUUUCUACGCUAUGUCUAGAGGCUGUUACUUCAUUUUAAGUCCUAAAUUUGUUUCUGCUGUUCCUGUAAAAUUGCUUCUCCACAGAGACUGCAGCCAAAGAGAGAACAGAACCUUGGUGAUUACACAUCUGAAAGUACCAAAAUUAAUUUCCCCUUUUCCAAAUGAAAUUCCUUUUGAUGUCACAUAAAACCCCCUUCUGGGAAUCACCAUCAAAACACAAGGAAGGACAUCUACCAUGACAAUGAGGCCAAUGUUUCACCUAGCUUCUGGCAGCAGCAGGGGGUUAUAAGCCGUGUGGUCAAUGACAAGUGGUCUUUUUGACCUCAGACUUUUCUACUUUGACUGUAAAUAUAAAAUAGAGCUUAGUUUGGAAAUACCUGCAACAAAAAAGCUGUGGAGGUUUGUCCAUGACCAAAGACAAUCAGAGGGAACCAACAGUUCAGUUGAGAAUGCCUUAAAAAUAUUUGAAACCUGGUUUUCAAAAAUAAGCAAUGUCGUAAAUCAACCAAGUCUUCGGAUGGUUAAUGCACCCUCACUUGGUGGUUGAUGAGUCGGACUGUGGCAAGCUGCAAAUGUUUGUUAGAAUGGACAGACGUGACAGAAAUCAUUCAGACGGUGAAGAGUUCAUCAUGCAUGUUUUCAAACGAUUGUGGACCAGGAAAUUCUAAACUUAUUUCACUAGUCUUUAUUAUCAUUUACUUAAGUAUUUUUUGUUUUCAAAUUUGAUGUUCUGGGCUUCUUCAUACAUCUGACAUGCUGUCUCUGUUGACAGAUGCCAUGCAUCUUAGUGCCUCAUAACACACCUGUCCCAGUUCUGCAUCCCUCUCUGAGCACACACUCACCCACUCCUCCCUGAAUUUAAAAUCAACAAAUUAAUCCACUUUUUUCUUUUUAAUGCAAGUGUUUUCACAGAAAUUCAUUCCCAAAUGGAAAAUAAUGUUUAUAAUGAUUUCCAUACAAGCAAAAGCAUUCCUAAAUAUUGUAUGACUUUUAUUUUAAUUUCUCUGGGGUCUUAAAAACCUUGUACGACUUUCUGAAACAAUUUAAACCAGAUGCUGAGCCGUAACAAGUCAGGGCUCAGUGAAGAAAGUAGCCAGGCAUGACUUGCCAUAUUAAACGUUUAUGGCUGUAGUUCGCCUCAGGAGAUAAAAGACUCAAGUGACUGACUGAUACUAUUUACUUACAUAAAACAGAGCCGCUGCAUCAGCCACACAUCUACUGUCUGAUUUUCAGACUUUAGAUAAUUAUUUUCUAUCGCAUUACGAUCUCUUUUCAGUAAAUUUAUCUGCAGCUUGUAUAUCUAUAUAUAUAAAUGUAUGUUUCAGCAUUAUGAGUGUUUUUGCUUUCCAUUUCCUGACAUUUACAGUGAAGGAAUGAAUGAAGAUAUACUGUUAGUCCAGGCUUUGUGCUCUGUGUGUGUGUUGUUGUGACACAAGCCCAUUUUUUAACAGCUAAAACUAUUCACACAAAACUGUUCAGUGCAGUGUUUGAUCGAGUGGUGUGAAAUUGCUCUUCCUUUAUGAAAGUGAAUGUCAAAGGAUAGUUAAGUGUUUCUGUGUUGAAGGUAACCUGUGCCAGUAUUGGCAUAACAAGAAGUUUUAGUACAGAAAUGCAUACGAUAUCUUUGCAAUAACUGAGAAACUAAUUAAAAAACAAGGUGCAAGGGAGCAUUGACAUAUCCAAGCACGUAUCUUGGUCACAGUUCUUAAAUAACCAAAUUCCAAGGGACUGUAUCAAAAAUUGUUAUGUUGUCUGUUUAUCCUUAAAAACAAAAAUCCAUAUGUGCUGUUACCAGAUUUUCCUCAGCUCUCAAAUAUUGAUAUCAGUAUCAGCCUCAAAAAUCCAAUUGGAGGCUGUGGUUCACAGUUUUGAAUGUUGAAUUUAAAAGCCCUUACUAACAAACCAAUGUUCUCAUCAUGAAGGAAACACAAACUGCUCUGUUGUGGCUGUUUAGUUUUGUGUUUGAUUAUUUUUGAUUUGUCAAAUGUGCUAAUAACGACCCUUUGAAUGAACUCAGACUGUCCUUAUACUGAACACACGUACAGUAUGUCUGCAGGUUGCUGUUACAUAUGAAUGUUAAUAUGCAGUCUGGAUAGUGUGGUUCAGCCCCAUAUUUACUGCAUAUUACAGGACAUUUUAAUAAUACAAUAAUCUGUUACAUUAUCUUCUUGUGUGUCUCAUCUGAUGAACGAUGUGGCCAAAAUGAGCUGACAUUUUAAACUCAUGAAUCCAAAUUUCAAUCAGUACUGUCUCAGCUUCAGAAUGAUCAUGUUUGUUUGUUUUAUUUUUCUGUCUUUCACAGAAAUCGUUAACAUUCUUGCCAUGAAUUGUUUUCAGAGAUGAAAGUCUGCAGUGCAUUGGCAACUUACAUACAAGCAUUCACGCUAUAAUGUUUAACCUUCUUUCUGUGACACUGGUUCAAAUAUAGAAGCUAAUUUGGCUGUUAAUAGCUUUUUGCCCUUCGUCAAACAUAUUUGGCUCGAUUUCUGCGUGUUAGACUAUGCAUGUUUAUAAUUAUGUUUGCUCUGUAGUGGAAUGCUCUUAUAUUAACUGCACAGGUAAGAGUAUUGUUAAUAUGGAAGAUGGGUUAUUUUCAGCUUUUAAUAAAAACUGCUCUUUACAAUUAAAAAAAAAAUUAGAAUUAUGACUUUGGAAUCGGCCAUAUUAUGUACAGUUAUCAGAAAUUGCUUUUUGAUAUAUAGCUAUAUGAUUUUGUCUUCAUUUAUUUCUUCUAUAUAAUGAUGUGAGGGUGUAGGGUGGAAUGUAAGCAUUUAUGUUUGAACCCCUUAAUUUAUUAUCUUUGUUUGUAAUACUUUAUAAAGUUUUGAAAAGGUGCAAGAAAUAAUAAAAGUUACUUAUAGUUAACCUAAA